UUGUAUACGAUAUGUGCUGGUUUAUAUCUUUGCUCAACCAUGAAUGGCUAUGACGGAAGUUUGCAAACUGCUAUAGAAACACUUCCAGCUUACAGAACGUACUUCAAUCUCAGCAACUCGGCCAGCGAUACUGGUUUGGUGUUCCUGAUUUUUCCAGCUGGUGCUAUUUGUGCCACAAUCUUCAUUUGGUUGGGUGAUUAUAUCGGCAGAGUGCUAACUAUAAUCAUUGGCUUGGUUGGGACUAUUGUGGGCUCAAUAGUUGUAAGCUCUACCCAUAAUCAUAGUGCUUAUAUCGGUGGGAGAUUUCUUCUAAGUUUCUUCUCCACAAUUGCUAAUUGUACAGCUGCAAUUCUAUUGACAGAGUCUGUUCCAUAUGAUAUGAGAUGGUUGGUGGGCUGUUUCAAUACAUUCUACUACAUUGGAAGUAUCAUUGCUACAUGGACAAUGUACGGCACAAGUAAAAACUUCGAAGGUCCCCAAACUUUCAAAAUUGGCUUGUGGCUACAGAUCCUCUGUCCUGGUAUGGCUCUUGUUCUUAUCUGUCUGAGUGCUCUAUUGGGAUUUGGAGACUCUCCCAGAUACUAUUAUGGCAAGAACAAGAUCGAAACAGCGAGGGACUUCAUUAUAAAGUACCAUGCUAAUGGUGAUGUUUCGCAUCCGAUUGUUGCUGCAGAGAUGGAAGAGUUGGAGUUGUCGUUUCGAACAAAUGGGUUCUUGAAACCAAAGGAUUACCUUAACUAUAGUAAUUUUUUCCGUACCACUUCCAAUCGCAAGAGAACAGCAUUAGUUGUGGCCUGGUCUUGGUUCAACCAAUUCAGUGGCAACCAGGUGAUCACAUACUAUAUGACUACCUUGUUCUUAACUUUAGGAAUUAAAAAUGCCACAACAAGAUUGCUCUUGACAGGCAUCAACUCAAUUCUCUGCUAUAUUUUUGCAACAUGUGGAGGUUUGCUUAUUGACCGUCUACCUAGAAGAUGGGUUCUCUUGUAUGCCAAUGCUGGGUUUGUUAUUUGUUUUGCAGGGUUGGCCGCAGCUGUUAGAGCUUUCCAAGCAGAUGCAAACAACCAUACAGCCGCAUCUGCCGGCAUUGCCUUUAUGUAUUUGUUCAUGACAAUCUUCUUUUCCUUUGCAUUCACUCCAUUGCAGCCCAUUUACCCGGCCGAAGUAAUGUCCAAUGACAUGAGAGGCAGAGGAAUGGCUUUGUACUUUUUCAUAAGUAACGUCGCCUCGUUUGUCAACUUGUAUUCGGCGCCGGUGGCCAUGCAGAAUAUCAAGUAUUGGUACUAUGUGUUUUUUGUCUUUUGGGAUGCUUUCCAGUUUGCCAUCAUCUACUUUUUCUUCGUUGAAACUUGUGCUUUGACCUUAGAGGAAAUCGAGGUUGUGUUUAAAGAGAAACAUACCGUGAAAGAGAGUAUCAAGUUUAAUAAGAGAAAAGAAGAGAUAAUGAGAGAAGAAGAGAUAACGAGAGAAGAAUAUACAGAGCAAAAGACAAAUAGCUGA